AUGCGACAUGUUCCUCUGGAAGAUCAGAGAACCCUUCUCCCAGACGUUAUUAGCCCUCUGGUCCCUCUCCUUGCUCUACCUGCUGCACAUCACCGUCGUCCGCCUCGACGUCCUGAGGAUACGCUCACACCUGAGAUCACCCUCAAGCCACCGCAUCGCCGCGCAGUCCCUCCUCGCCGCCGCACGCGUCAGGGCACUCGCCAACGUCAAGUACUUCUCACCAUAAUCGUUAAGCAUGGGAAUGGUGGUGAUGGUAAAGGGCUUGAGGAGUUGGCCAAAGCGUUGAAAAAGUUGAUUGGUAAUGCCGUUAAAAGUGCAACUGAGAGUCUCGAAAAGAGGCGUAAGGAACUUGAAUGCGCUGAUAAAGGCUCUAGUAAUCUGUAUGACAAGCAUUGUAAUGACCUGAAGGAGAAAAUUAAGAAAGCUAAAGGUGAUGAAAAAUCCAAGUUACAAUCCCAGUAUAAUGGCCAUUACUCCGAAGUACAUGGCUCUGAGUCUAAAAGAAAGAGUGCUGAGAAGGAUCUUGCUGAGCGGCGCAUCUCUCUUGGUCAGCUUGCUGGACAGCUUUCGGGUUUUAUUGGCAGUGGACAGGAAGUUAAAGAUGCAAUUUUAUAUGGUUUGCAGAGUAAUGUAAAUGAGCUUAGUAAGCUUUUGGAAACAUCUUGCGGAGGGGAGGGGUGUUGUAAGAAUGUUGAGGCAAUUAAAAACCUUAAUGAUGUCAAUGAUAAACUUAAAAAACACCUUAAAGAUGAAACAAAAACCUCUAAAAAACUUGUUGACAUCCUUUCUGCGUGCAAUUUAAAUGUCCAUGAUGAUCCCUUCAAUAAGCUUCAAGAGCCAAUUAACCAAAAAAUUCAGGAGCUUAAUCAAAGAAUUGAAGAGCUUAAAAGGCUUAAUAAUGAUGAUAAUAAAAGUAAAAAUGCCUCUGAAAUUGACAAGCUUAAUAAGGAUCUUCAGUCUCAUAAUGCUUCCAAGAAGUCUCUUGAGACACUGAAAGGGCUUUGUGAAUAUGCUGAGAAAAUUGAUCAAAAAUCUGAUAACACUAAAAACCUUUUAAAUAACCUCUGUGGAGGUUUAGAAAAGUUUCUCGGCUACCAGGAUGGUAAUUACACCGGAGAAGGAAUUGUGUACUCCGACCUUGACAGGCUGUGUGACGGGGUGAUGGCGUUUUUGUAUUCCGUGCUUAAAGAUGUCCACGCUAAACAGCCUUACCAAGUAGGCAGGGACAUGUUAAAUAAUGAUGUUUUGAGGCAUCUUAGUAGUAAAUUAUGUUCAGGUCAUAAGGGUUUUCAGAGUGUCAUUGAGCAGGUGGCCACGGGUGUCGGGAGGUAUAAUAGGGAAGUGGAGAGUUCUAACAAAAAUGUUUCUGCUCCUAUAAUCAAGCUUCACAAGGAGAUGGAAGAGCUCAAAAAACAGGUGAGUGAUUCAAAAAACAUUCAUGGUUUGCAGGUGACGGAUGACUCUACAUAUCAAGAUGUCGAGGCGGCGAAGGCCCAAGUGGACAAGCACUUGAAGAAGUGUAAAUACUAUACACAACUAUUUUUAGCAGACAUGAAUAGCGCACGAAAUAAUAUACUAGACUUUAAUAAUGAUUGUAUGAUACACGUAAAGAACGCAUUAAAAGCUGUUAUACAUGAAAAUAAGAGGCUGAGUAAAUUGUCAGCCACGGAGCAAAGUAAUUUGGAAAGCAUGAUUAAAACGAUUGAAGACAGCAUGGAACAUCUGAUAACGCAUAUUAAUGGUGAGAUAAUGGAUAAAGUUACGUCAUUAGUGAAAGCGCUGAGGGAAAAGGUAGAGCAGAUUAAGAAGAUGUUGGUUAAACUUAAUCAACAGCUCUGGGAUUAUGUUAAGGACAUGGACAAGUGGGUUGCAAAAGCUAAAGCAGAUGUAGAAUCAGCGCAGAAAGAGAUUACUAAAAUUGAAAAUGCGGUACCUGGGACAAUAAAUCAGAAUGAUAUGAAAGACAUUGCCAAGAAAAUGGCAUCGUGGAAAAAGACGCUGGGGGAUUAUAUUAUUGGUGAGAAAGAAAGAUUUAGCAAGAACGUCAACGAAGCGAGAGAAAAUUUGGCGCAGUUGGAAAAUGUUUAUAAGAAAAAACUGUUGGAGAUUAAGAAUAAUGUGGAGAAUGCGGUCGGCGAUAAUACUAAGCCAAAUAAUGGCAGUGUUUUGGCAGCACUUAACAAGUUGGAUUAUUCUGUAAAGGCCGGACUGGAAUCUGUGAGGUGGGAUAUAAAGAAGAAGUUGGAUGAUUAUGUUACCGGCGAAUUAGGAAAUCAAGUGGAAAAGAAGCUUUUAGAAUUUACUAAUGGGAUUGCGAAUACGAAUGGGAAGGAUGGCAUGCUCGAUUCCAUGGUUACCGCCGUCCAAUCGUAUGUUGCAGGUUUCCAUAGCACAAUUCAAGUAGCGCUUCAGACUGCUGUCGGGAAUAUUAUCGAUUACAAUGACUUGGUCAACGGGUUUGUCACUCAGUACGUCAACGAUAACCAGAGGCAUCACCGGCAGCUGAGAGCUAAUAGAGUCAAAUGGGCCCUAAAACAAUAUUUUGAUGAUUACGUUAAGAAAAUAAUCAAGCAAGCUGCUGACUCUGUCAAUCUUACAUCUACCCCGCACCUUAGUGAACUUGUGGAUAAAUUAGGACGCUUUGGAGAAAAUUUCGAAACCUAUCUCACGCAGAAUGGGAUUGUUGGAAGAACAGUUGAAGGAGCACGUGAGGUUAUUGAGCCGUAUUUAUGGUUGACUCAACCCCUCACAUCCACUACUUAUAACAACACUAAUCUCACACUAGCCCUCAACACUGUCGUAACCGCUGUACACUCAGCUGCGAAAGCUGCGGCAACAGAGAUCGGUAAAUUCAUCAGAGCCUCUGAUAUUAUGAGUUUGACAAUGGCUGCAAAUAAGGUUAAGACGCUCGGCGAGAGUCUUGCGGGGGAGAUUAAAAAGGCUGAAGGCGCAGAUGAUCUGGGCAAGCAAAUUCAAGAGGCGCUAGGCAAACAGCUUAUGUUGAUUAUACCGAAUACGCUUCGUUUGGAAUUGCAACAAGAUGGUCUCAUGUCACUAUAUAAGAGGCAUACGGAAACGAGUGCUGCAUCAGAGCCGGGCACACUUAGGCAUACAAUUAAUAACAUUAAAACGCAUGUUAACGAUAUUACGGAGGGUAGAGACGGUAAAAUAACCGCAACCAAUUUAAACCGUGAAGCCCCCUACAACAAACUUUCAGCCGCUAUUACCGGUGUUGAAACCCUCUCCAACAAUCUAUCUGUAGAGCCAACCAUACACAAUCUCGGAACAUGGUCGGAUCUAAUUACCAACAGUCUCGACAAGCUCACCGAAGCCUUAUGGGUCGUGGGGAAAGAAGCGAAUUUCUAUUUGGAUAAUGUUAGAAAUGGAUACAUUACAAAUGAGCUGAGAGCUAUUAAAGAAAAUCUCCGCCAACUUCACGUAAAUUUCAACAAGGCCGUCCAAUCCGCUGAAGGUUUAAUUAGAUUGGAUGCGGACACUUUACGUGAUCAAGCUAUCACUGCUCUCACCAAUUACGUAUCCUCUAAAAUUACAGAAGCUCAAAACUCCCUCACCACCCGCGCCCGCCGCAACUACGUCACCUCCGUCAAGGCGCUACUCACGGCCUUCGCCGCGAAGGUCACGCAGGAGCUGGAGCCUUUGCCCGCGCAGAUCGAGGAGGACCUGCGCAUAGGGUUCAAGGGGUUCAUGAAGACGCUGGAGGAUGGGACGACUAGACCAGGAGUGGAUCACGGGAAUAUUAAAUUGCUCAAAGAUCUUGCAGGUCAGCUUUCCAAUGGGUAUACUCCACAAGCUUUCAAAGAUCUGUCGACGAAAUUCAAGGACUUUUAUGAUCCACUCAACGACUAUCUUGUCAAAGAAGUCAAGCGAGUUCACAGAGAAAAUAAUGAGAAAAAGCAUCCACACGGCACAGAGCCGCAACAUUACUCUGAUAAUAUUUCUAGAAUACAUGACGCACUUAAUGACUUACUUACUCACCUUAAUGCGAAUAAUAGGUAUGACCAUAAUAUUCAUGAUCUGCUUGAUAAGUUGCGUGAUGCCGUCACCGGGUUGAAACCGGAAGGCUUUGACAAGCCGAACAGUCCAGUACUGGAAGGCAUCAGAAAAGGGCUCGGCGCUUUUGUGGAGGAAUUAACAAAAGUGUACGUGUCGGCGUAUGAUAGCCAAGUAUUUACCGAAAACUUGGUGGAUGCUAAAUACGAACUUCACCCCGACAGAGACACUGAGACAGUGAUAACUCUAAGGGGCUAUGGUGAGAAAUGUUCGAAGGUCUUUUUGACAAUAUUGACCAGAUUACAUAGCGAGCUAACUGGGUACAAAAAGAUAUGUAACGAUAAAAAUGCUUCCAAGUUUAAAAAGAUCAACAUGAGCACUGGGAUUGGUAAAUUACUAAAGCGAUGUGGUUUCGGAGUCUGCUCGAAAGAAGAUUCCCAAGAUGAUGAAUUACAAAAUUCCAAAAAUAUGGUCGGCAUGCUUGCCACAGUCGGACUUAGUGGGCUCAUUAAAGACGAUAAGUCUGGAGCCUUGCAAAAACUUUGCGACUAUCUCCAUCUCUUCUGCCAAGUCGGCCAUCAUGCCACUUUCUCCGCCAAAAAGCAGCCGUGUAAUGUCUACGAAAUUCUGACAUGGCUCACAGGCCUCCCGCACAACCGUGUUUAUAAAUCACUUCCGCAGCACGUUAGAACGUACUUCCCUAAGCCCAAAGGCAGAGAGGAGGAAGCAUAUUCCAAGUUCAACGAUAACGAGCUCAUCCUCUCCGGGACCAGAACGUUCAACGUAGGCCAUAUUGUGGCGGCACUUAACCACGUUACAUCCAAAUCGCGCGACGUACUCUGCACAAUUAUCGGAGCAGGCGACGCUGAUACUAUUUACGGCUGUGAAUUCUCGAACAAUCAUCUGAAUCUAUCAUACCCCUCUGAUCCAUCCGGUUGUUUUGACAUGUUGUUAAAUUUGCUCCGCCGUUUGUUCCACGUCUUUAGCUUUUUACAUGCUAAGUGUAAAGUUGGCGCUAAUCAUCAUGGUUGGUCGGAUUGCCCCUACGGCAAGGACAUCCCUACAACCAAAUCGCACUGUAAUAUACAACCAACCGAUAAACCAAAUGACCAAUCAAAGUGCCAAACAAAUUGCCAGGCAAAGUGCGAAGCUAAGUGCCAACCAACGUCACCACUAAUGAGCUACCUUAACGACUGUCUUCCCGGCCAUCUACCUCAUGACCUAUCUUCCAUUGGCUGUCGGUCUGUAUGUUCCACGUGUCCAAAUGGCAAGAAAGGUAUGCCCUGUCUCACGCCACUCGGAUUCAGAGGUUUCUCUGGCAGGACACGGACGGGCAAAAAUCUGUGUGACAUUAUCGUUGACUUUUUGCGUAACGAUUACCUUUCAUCUCUGUUUUGCCUGUCCCCUAGGGCGCCAUAUACUCUACCCGAACACCUCGGAUUUACUUUGUCGCUUGUCAGUGGAUGGCACAUGUACCGUGGUAGUCGUUUCACAAAUGCUCUACAAGAGAGCUUGCAAACUGUAAUUACCGAUGUCUCCAUCGGUCUAUGUGAAAAACCAGGCGAUCUUACUGACGCACUUCGUAAGGCGUAUGGUAGUAGUCAGGAUAGUCAUGUGAAGCAUGAAGAGAAUUGUGUCGAUUUGUCAAGUCUUUCAAUGAGUAUCGCAUGUUCCGAUCAGCAUUGUGCUCCUUACGUAUUCUCAUUGUGUUCAUAUUCAUACGAUUGUCUUGCCUACAAACAUUCCAAUCCUUACUUAUCCUGGGCCAUCUACCUCCCAUGGACAUUUUGGGAUCUACUUAACAAUUUAUAUAACGCUUUCUGUGGAAUCACUUGUGCAGAUUGGGGAUGCCGUGGAUGUCUCAGAGGAGACACGUGUAGGAGUGGCAAGCAUGGUGUCGUUGAGGAUGAGAAGAAAGAUGCCACAUGUCAGUGUCCUUCCAUAGUAUCCUGCAAGGGCGUCGCACCGACGCUCUACCAGUAUGGAUUCAGCUUCGGCGAGGCGUCGACGUUGAAUGGUGGUAGCACAGCGAAGAAGUGUAAGGAUUUCUGUUACGCUGUUCAAGGAGUGCGACAAUUUCCUGUGCAUAAUCAGAUGGCCUUUUAUGUGUACUUUGUUAGCCCUCUGGUCACUCUCUUUGCUCUACCUGCUGCACAUCGCCGUCGUCCGCCUCGACGUCCUGAGGAUACGCUCCCACCUGCGUUCGCCCGCAAGCCACCGCAUCGCCGCACAGUCCCUCCUCGCAGCCGCACGCGUCAAGGCACUCGCCAACGUCAACUUUCUGGACAGCUUUCGGGAUUUAUUGGCAAAAGUGAGGAAGUUAAUAAAGCUAUUAGUGCUGCAAUUAUCUGUGUUAAAGAACAGAUUAAAAACUGUGAAGAGUGUCAAGAACGUAAGAAAAAUGACGCACAAAAUCUUAAGGAUCUACAAUCUUGUCACUGUCCCGAACAUGAGAAGCUUAAAGGGCUUGAAGAGAAACUUAGUGAAAUUAGCAAGCAUAAUAAUAAUCCACAUGAUAUCCUUAAUAACUUGUGUGAUGGCCUAGAAGCCUUCCUAGGCUUCAACCCAUCUUCCAAAGGCUACUCGGGCUCCGGCAUCGUGUACUCGGACCUUGACAGGCUCUGCGACGGGGUGAUGGCGUUUUUGCACGGGGUGCUCAGUGGAGUGAAGGAUGAUGAGAGUGUAAUGAAAUAUGAUGAUUACAUUAAUAAUGUGGAUGAUAGACUUCAAAAAUUACUCGAAGAUCUCCAAUCUUCAAUUGGCAAGGGACGCAGUGUCUUUGGUGACAAGAUUCAAGAGGUGGGGGAGAGGACUGGAGCAGUGAAGAACAAAUUAGGUGAGUUGUUACAUGACACAAUAGAAAAAUAUGCUACUAAUGUUGUUUCAGGCCAUCCGGACAAGAAUCUCCAAAAGCAAUUGGAGGAGUGGACUUCCGUCCUUGGCAGCAUCUCAGAUGCUGUGAAUAACAUAGAAACUAAGCACGUUAAUUUCUUAGAUAACUCACUUAAGACACAGAUAAUGCACAAAAUAGAGCCAGUUAAGGCAUCACUUAAGGUGUUGCUUGACUCCUCUAAGGAGAAGUGGUUUGGGGAGCAGGUGAAAGUGGUGGAUGGAGAGUUGGUGAAACAGAAGGAGGAGUUGAAGAACAAGAUUGAGGAAGAAAGUGAUAGGGUACAGAAAACAUUGGUUAUGAAGUUUGGAGAAAUAUUUAAGGAGGUGGAGAAUUUGAGAAAUAAAAGAAGUGAACACAUCCAGGCUCUCCGAGUGGCGGUGAAUGAUACAAAAAGGUUCAUGGAUAAUGGCUUUCAAAAGGAUUACAAAAUUAAGAUCAUGGAAAUGUUUGAUAAUAUACGAGGCCAGGUUGCAAUAGUUCACUCGAGUUUGUAUUCCAGUAAAGCGCAACUUGAAGGACUGAUCAGCGCGAUGCAGACGACUCUGUCGCAGCUGUCUGAUGGUUUCGAGAAGAAUGUGAAAGAGGGUGUAGUGAAGGAUUUGUCGGCACUAAGAGAAACAAUUAGUGGCCUUGAAAAGAAAGUUAAUGGCCAGCACGAUUACAGUAACCUUGUUGGUGGUCAGUUGAAAGCUCUUGAGAAGGCGAAAAAUGAUCUUGAUGCUGUUGCUGGCGAUAAGGACAAUAGUGAUAAUCACGAAGGGAAUAUUGAGAAGAAGUUUAACGAGCAGAUCAAAAAUAAUCUUAGUCAGUUGGUCGAUAAUGUUUAUAGUGAGAUUGGAAAGCUUCAUGGUUUUGUCAAAAAUGGAGCUGCGGGAAACGGAGACGACAAAAAGAAUCGGAAGAUUCAAAAUGUUAUGGAGACAGUUCUUGGAAAGGUAACGGAGAUUAAAGGGGAAGGAGGUAAAACAGGGCUGGACGGGAUUAAGUAUUAUAUUCAGGGGUAUGUGAGAGCGUUUACCAAUGAAGGUAAGCCCGGUUUCGAAAAAAUAGUACAGCAGUGGAUUGGUGACAUUUUGAAGACUGAGGCGAUAAAGGGCUAUAUUGCUUGGUGGGUCAAUUUCUAUGCGAAGCAGUUCAAGGGCACAACGCUAGAUGGUAUUUCGAAGCAAAAUUUUCUGAGUGGUACUUGGGAUACAAAAGUGCACGAGCCGAUUGUCGAAGCGAUUAAGAAAGCGCUUCACGGCGAAAUUAGCGAGGCCGGUGCGUUAGUUGCAAGUCAGAUGUCAAAGGCCACCGUCAGACCGAAUGAAGCUAUUAGAACUCAUAUUGAAGCCGUAAACGAAGGUUUGAAGUUGUUUGUCAGCAAGCUUGAUGGAAAGUUUAACGAGAAAGUGUCAAUUGCCAAAUCGAUUAAUUAUUCGGAUUUGAAAGCUUCGAAUACAGACCUCCCCUCGAAUGCUACAGAAGGCCUACAAGGUGUCGUUGAAGUCACACUCACAGCUCUUCAGUGCAAGGCGAGCCAGACUGCCAAAGUGCUUAACAACUUUGCCCUCAAGAACGGCACGUCCCCUACAAUCCGCAACAUCGGUGCAAACUUGGAUAAUGCAUUGCAGAAAGCUAAUGAAUUUAUCGAUAAGCUCAACAAGGCCACUUCAUUCGACGACGAUCAAAAAAAGAUCCCCGCCAAAGCCGUGGACGAUGCGAUUGAGCAAGUGAACAACAUGGUCAAGCGCAUUGACGUCCAUUUUAAGACGAAAGUAAUAGAUAACCUUAGUGAUGCCGUCAACCAGUUUAACUCUAACGCCAUAGACCGGAUUCAGAAUGCAGCAAAAAAUACAAUAAAACAGGCGACACAAAAAGUUCAGAACGCGCUUUCAAAUUUCGGCAAUGGUGAAUUCAGCAACACUAAUCUGAAUACGCAGUUAACUGCGUUGAGAGAGCAUAUUGAUAAACUUGGAACAUAUAUAAAGGAUAAUGCAUCAGGCUCAAUCGACCAGAAGAUGACUGAAAUCGGUGGGCUACUUACUGAACUUAAUAAUAUUUCAAUGGAUACUGAGGAUGGUAAAAUCUACAUUGAAAAAGAAAUAACGGAUGGACUCAUGGAACAAUUACGAAUUGAUAUUUACAACAGGAUUGAUAGGAUAGCUCAAAUGGUUACAGACGCAGAUAGGGCCUUCAUAGAUGCUAUUGCCGCGCUUCACAAGGUUAUAGCAUCCGCGCAACACUUGUCGAAGGAGGCCGUUAUAACUCUCCAAGCGACACUACUUGAAGCCACCACUAAAGCCUUCAAAGAAGUCACCAGACACAUCCAGGUAUUAUUCGCCAACGGGCACAUCGCAGAACUCAAAGCUCUAAAAUCUCUAGUCCAGACCCAAAAAACUGAAAUUGAGCGUAUCAUCAGACUCGACAAAUUUUCCGGCGUCAAAGGCUUACUCAAGCAAUUGAAAGACGAUGUUAAAAUUGUAGACAAGAAAGGUGAAAAUAAAUUUGUCGCUCUGCAAAAUGCACCAAACCACAGUGACUUUAAAACCUUCGUGGAAAAAAUGCACGCAUACUUCACGCUCAUCUACGACUACGUAAAAUACCAAAUGGAGGAAUAUGUCAAAAAGCAGUUUCCCUCAGAGACGUCAGAUGCAAUUGCCAAACUCGACAGAGUAAAGGAAAAAUUAGACAAAACGCUCGAAGGUCUUACAACCUCCAAACAUUUUGACUACACGUUCAAGACAAACGUAGACGCUUUAAAUGGCGCGCUUAAUUAUUUCGCGCCGUCCAAGUUUGCCGGCCCGUGCACUGUCCUGCUGGACGUAGUGAAGGAAGGCGUGCAGGCGUUAGCCGGGCAACUUGGAAAGGCGUAUGUGAAUACAUAUUCCACUCUAAAUUUCACUGAGAGUUUGCUGGCCGACAAAAAUGAUUCUACGUCUCCAACUCCCGGAACUGAUGCACGUCAAAAGACUUUAACAGACUACGGUGAGAAGUGUUCGAAGACAUGUUUGACAAUUCUAAACACUAUUUACCACGAUAUCACCAAUUUGAAACAUAGAUGCGAAAGUUACUGGAAAACUGAGAAAAUAAGCGAGACGAACGGGGACAAGGACAAUCCACUUGGUUUGUUCCUGCAGCGUUGCGGUUAUGACAUUGCCAAAGAUAAAGACUCCAAGGACGGCGAAUCGCAAUGUAUAACAAGUAUUACGGGCGAAGACAUUCAUAAAAAUCUUGUAUCAUCCACGGUGUCCGCGACGUCUAGCUCCAACAGCAGUCCUGUUAUCGGGACAAUUGAAGAUGUUUUUACUUACCUAUCCACAUACAAUAAAAUCGGUCACCUCUCUUCGUUCGCCGCCAAAAAACAGCCGUGCUCUGUCAACGAGAUGCUUUGUUGGCUCACUGGGCUACCGCAUAACGGGGCUUUCAGUGAACUUGACAAGCACCUUGAGAAGCUAUCUAAUGAUAAAGCUUACGCUGCCGUUGCAUCGAAUAUAUUCGAUGUGAGAACGUAUUCCAUUAAUAAAAUAUGCAAAUAUGCACAUACUCUUCUAACCACUAUCGCCGGUUACGGUGAUGCUGAGUGCGGGUACGCCUGUGACUACUCCAAUAAUUCACUUAAUCUACAUUAUCCCACAUCGGGAGACGGGUGUCUCCAAAUUCUCGUUGACAUCUUCCGCAGAUUAUUCAUACCACUUAGAUUCUUGCAGCGGCAGUGUGCCGUCAGCACAUUCCAUUACGGUUGGCGGCAGUGUUACUACGGUAAGGACGUCCCACCGUAUAACUGGCAGUGUAACACUCACUUAACCGAUGAAGUAAACAGCCAGGCAAAGUGUCAACCAAAAUGCCAACCAACCGAUAAACCAAAUUGCCAAGCUAGAUCGCCAUUAAUGUCGUAUUUAAACGACUCCCUACCUGGACACCUACCUCACCAGGUCAGCGCUAUCGGCUGUAGAGCUGUCUGCAGCACGUGCCCCAAAUCUACGCCUGGGCAGCCGUGUUUGACGCCACUCGGUUUCAGAGGCUUUUCGGGCAGCGUGCGUAAGGGCAAAGACCUGUGUGAUAUUCUUGACAUAUUUCUCAAUAUCCGCAACUUAGCAACCUUUUUCUGCCUCGCUCCCAAGGCUCCGGCAACGCUUCCAGAGCACUUUGCCUUUUCAUUGUGUCUUGUAACGUCUCUCACAGCCACGAAAUCAAAUAAAAGUGCAGACGUCAGAACAUUACAAGAUUCGUUCACAAAAUCUGUCGCCAAGCAGUCCAUUGACCUAUACACCACGGCCGCUAAUAUCACAAGUGCUCUUAGCGACGCCUACGGCAGCAGCCAGAAUUACCAUGAUUCUACCAAACAUCAUGUUACCGCUUUUGAUGCCGACGGGAAUGAAACUAAAAGUGGUGACUUGUCUAGUCUUUCUAUGACAACCACAUGUUCCGGUCAGCAGUGCGCUCCAUAUCUCUCCACUCUAUGCCACGACGCCUAUUACUGCCUUGCCGAAAUGCACUCCAAUCUCUACCUGUCCUGGGCUCUCUAUCUACCCUGGAUAUUAUGGUAUUACCUUGAAUGUCUGUGCAACGCCUUCAAGGAUAUCUAUUGCCAGGAUUGGGGGUGCCGCAGUUGCCUUCAAGGCAACAAAUGCAGGCGUGGACAACAUGGGCUCAUGGACGACAAAACCAAAAAUCCCAAUUGCAGUUGUAGCAGCAUGGUUCAGUGCAAGGGUGUUACGCCUACACUAUAUAGGUACGGGUUUUCACUGGGCGCACCAUGGAUAUUAAAUGAAAAGAACUGUCCAAAGACGUGCACAAAUUUCCACGAGCAGUUGGUAAAUGUAUUAAAAUCGAGACAUUUCACAGAGCUAUUUAAAACGUGCGAUGAAUACCUUCGUGUAAUAAGACAUCCCUUCAUGACCACCUUAUUAGCCCUCUGGUCGCUCUCGCUCCUCUACCUGCUGCACAUCGCCGUCGUCCGCCUCGACGUCCUGAGGAUACGCUCACACCUGCGGUCGCCCUCAAGCCACCGCAUCGCCGCACAGUCGCUACUCGCCACCGCACGCGUCAGGGCACUCGCCAGCGUCAAGUACUUCUCACCAUAA